GAAGUAGCAAGUCUGGGGCUGGUUGUCUGUUGUCUUGUCUGGCUGGUUUAGUGGUUUGUGUUUGACUGUUUUUGUUGAUUUCGGUGCUUUUUAGGUUGGCUUUGUACUGAGUUUGUAAAUUAAUCAAGCAAAUUGAGCGUUUGUGUUUCUGAAAGAGUUUCGCUAAAUAGAUAUGGCUGAAGCAAGUGAUGUACCCAUGGAAGAAGUGGCUGUUGCAAACACCUCUGAAACCAACACUCCAAUGGAAGCUACAUCUGUUAAAGAAACUGCAACUACAGAAGCAAAAGUUGAACCUUCGGUAGAGAAUGGGGAUGAAGGUGCCAAGACUGAUGACCAAGGAAAAGGCAAAUAUACUGAAGAAGAAAGGUUGAAGAGGAAGGCAUUCUUCAAGCAAAUACGUGACAAAAGAAGAAUUGCGAGAGAGAAAUACCGUCAGAACUAUAUAAGGAAGUUUGGAGAUAGACAAAGAUAUAACAGUCAUGAUGAUGAGUCUCCUCAAAAAGACAUUAUUAUAUCAUUCAAUAUGACAGAGGAAGAUAAGAAAAUGUUAGAAUUUUAUAAAGUGCGGAUGUCUACCUUGAAAACUGAGAAUGAACAGCUCCACAGGAGACUAGCUUAUCUUAUUAAGGAAAACAUGAGAUUUUUACAGAUGGGGCCCUCAAUGACACCUGCAGCUUUCAAGGCCUAAGAAGAAUUGGCAUGUCUUUAUUGUAAUUAAUCAUCAAUAAUGUGUUUUAUUUGUAAAUUUUUAUUUAAGUGUUUUUUUUUUAUAUACUACUACCCCCUGAACUCCAGUUGGCGAUCUGGUGUAUGUUACAAGACACAUUCACUGUAUAGUAGAAUCGUCACCAGGGGUACAGAGGGUUAUAUUACAAAUUUGUAUCAAAUUUACAAAUAAUAAUUAUAACAUGUUCAUGAAUAAAUAUGCAAUAGAAGUUACUUGAUUUAUUACAUUUUGUAGUUUCUUAUUAACAUUUUUAUGCAUUUCAGUACUUACUGUUAUAUUACAAAAAUAUUUAAAGAUGUUUGUAUUAAAUAAUUGUAUUAUCUUUGAUUUAUAAGUUAUAUUGAGAUUGUAAUAACAUUUUAGAUAAUAUUUUAAAGUACAUAACCAAUUUUACAUUCCAAUCAUAAUGUAAAGCCUCUGGAAUAAAUUGUAGUCAUUAUUCUUAA